AUGGGCAAUGGGCACAGCACUCCCUUGCAGCAAUGUUUGAACACAAUCUGCCACGGCCGCAGUGGCUGCGUCGGAUACCCCAGCGACCCCUUCUACCAGCUGUCAUGGGUGAAGCCCUACAACCUGGCUAUUAAAGUCACGCCGGUGGCCGUUAUUCGGCCCAACACGGCCGACGAGGUCGCCGAGGCCGUCAAGUGUGCUGUGCAGAGCCAAGUCCACGUCCAAGCCAAGUCGGGUGGACAUUCGUACGGCAACUACGGCCUCGGGGGCCAAGACGGCUCCCUCAUGAUCGACAUGGCCAACUUUAAACACUUCACCAUGGACACGACGACCUGGCAGGCCACCUUUGGCGCGGGCUACAGGCUCGGCGAGCUCGACCACCAGCUGCAUAAACACGGCGGCCGCGCCAUGGCCCACGGCACAUGCCCGGGCGUCGGCGCCGGCGGACACGCCACCAUUGGAGGCAUCGGCCCGUCGUCCCGGAUGUGGGGGACGGCGCUCGACCACGUCCUCUCGGUGCAGGUCGUCACGGCCGACGGGCACGUCCGCACGGCCAGCCGCGACGAAAACGCCGACCUGUUCUGGGCGCUGCGCGGCGCCGGCGCCAGCUUCGGCAUCGUCACGCACUUCACCGUCCGCACGCAGCCCGCGCCCGGCCACGUCGUCGAGUACACGUACGAGUUCCGCUUCGGCAGCCAGCACGAGAUGGCCCCCGUCUACUCGGCCUGGCAGGCGGUCGCCAACGACCCCGACCUCGACCGCCGCUUCUCCACGCUCUUCAUCGCGCAGCCCCUGGGCGCCGUCGUCACGGGCACCUUCUUCGGCACCCGGCGCGAGUACGAGGCCUCGGGCAUCCACGGCCGCAUGCCGGCUGGCGGCGCCGCCGCCCUCCGCCUCACCGACUGGCUCGGCUCCCUGGGCCACAUGGCGGAAAAGGCGGCCCUCGCGCUGAGCGACCUCCCGACUCAGUUCUACGGCAAGUCGCUCGCCCUGCGGCGCGAGGACGCGCUGUCCCCGGACGCCGUCGCGCGCCUGUUCAACUACACCGGCGCCGCGGACCCGGGGACCCCCUUCUGGACGGUCAUCUUCGACUCCGAGGGCGGCGCGAUCAACGACGUGCCCGCCGGCGAGACGGCGUACCCGCACCGCGAUAAGCUCUUCAUGUAUCAGUCGUAUGUGAUUGGGCUGCCGCUGAGCGAGAAGAGCCGGAGGUUUGCAGAGGGCAUCCACGACAUUAUUCAGAGGGGCGCGCCGGGCGCGAAUACCCGGUAUGCAGGGUACGUGGACCGCGAGCUGGGCCGCGCCGAGGCCCAGCGGGCGUAUUGGGGGGACAAGCUGCCGAGGUUGGGGGAGAUCAAGGCGCGCUGGGAUCCGGGCGAUGUCUUUCACAACCCGCAGAGUGUUGCGCCUGCCGACGGGGUCGGAGGGGGCUGA